UAAACACGGGUAUAUAUAUGUAUAUUGUAAGAAAACUGUCAAAAAGUCAUAAGAUGUUUUCACAUGGCGUCCGGUAUAACACACGAGUUAACUGUUCGUCACGGCCAUGACUACUGACUGUAGCAAUCACGUGCUCACUGUAUGUGUAACGUUUUCAGCUCGUGUUGGCAUUCUAUAUUUUCUAAAUGUUACUCGAUUGUCGCUCAGAAUGGCCACCCCCGAACCAGCAAUCAUGGAGAAGAGAAGUUUUGUUGUUAUCACCGGCGUUGGUAGAGGUCUAGGUCGAAGCAUUGCUUCCAAGUUCGUGGAGAAACUUCCAUUGUCAUCUUUAUUUGUGUUUCUGUCACCAAGCGAUACAGGCCAAGAAAGUCUUGUGUCUGAAUUAUUGACGUCACGCCCAGGGGUACGAAUUCGGACACAGACAUUUGACCAGGGGGAAAUGGACCAGAACAUUUUCGAUAAUAUAUUUGUGGAUAUCUUGAAAAAUGAUAAUUUGGAAUCACACGAGUUCGAUCAAGUUAUCAUAGUGCAUAAUAGUGCAAUAGUUGGGGACGUCACAAAAUGGACGUGGGACUUAACGGAAGUGACGUCACUAGUACGCUUAUUUGACGUUAACAUUGUCGGUAUGAUACUCCUUAAUUCAUCCUUCCUCAAAACGUUCUCGGAUGUCAGCAGUCGGAUCAUCGUCAAUGUGACGUCAGGAAAUGCGAUACGGCCAUACAAAACCAUGAGUACAUAUUGUGCAGCUAAAGCUGCACGUGACAUGUUUUUCCGGGUAUUGUCAUCGGAAGACCCCACCAUCCGGGUUCUCACCUAUUCUCCUGGUCACGUGGAUACCGAUAUGCUGACGUACGUCCGUGAUAAUACGAUUGACAAGGAUCUCGCCGACAAGAUCAGAGCGGCAUACACGGAGGGCCGAGUCGUAACUGGCGACGCUUCUGCUGACAGACUAAUGGCCAUUUUAGAAAAGAAUACAUUUGAAAAUGCAUCAUACGUCGCCUUUGCCGAUCCUCUUUAAAGCGACAUAAACAAAAUAUAUGCAUGCGGCCAGAGACGUCUCUGAUAUAAUUAUCCACCACGAAACGGGUUUGCAUGGGUUGCAUUGAGCUCCGUUCGUAAGACUGGAGAUUUUCCCGGCUAUGAUUAGAAAUCCGCGCAACUUAUCUCUAUCAAAUUUUAUUUCAUUUCUUAUACAUGUAUUUCACUGUUAUCAUUGAAAAUAUAGAAAUAUUGUUUUCAAGAUUUUCCGCGCUACAACUUUUAAUAGUCCAUUCAGCAGAUCCCUACAAAUCUUUGUUUGCAGGUUUGUGACCUAGUUGUUCCUUUUACUAGUGGCGAUAUUUCAUUUUCAAUAUUUCUCUGAUUUUUAUACCAACAUCAGGGCGCAGGAUAAUGCUACCUUUGUGGCUCCAUGUCAAUAAGGUAUACAAUUUUUAACAAAUUUUAAUCCGUAGGUAAUUGACUAAACAACUUUUUAUGAAUGUUACAAAUUCACAUGGACUUAGAGCCAUAAAUAUACAGAAAUUAUUUUACAUCUGAAAUAAAUUUGGUCGUUUUCAAGUAAAUACUCAAUAUUUUCCGCAACUGUCUAAGAUAACAUCACUUUAAAACAUACAAUGUACAUUCUGAUCUAUCAGAGUUGCCUCCCUUUGUUUCACUAUAUCGGAUGGUAUAGCAUACCGUAGCUUGAAAGUCGGUGGAGCCGAUAAUGGAUUGUAUAAUAUAUAGUGCAUGUAUCUGUGUAAGAAAACACAGGGACUUGGAAGAUUGUAUGCCAAGUCCCUGUAAAAAAAUACUCAAGCCAGUUUUGUUAAAAAAAUUAAUGUAUACAUAGAAUAUCUUAAGUUAUACAUCAAAAUGAGUCAUAGUUAAAUAAAAUACAAACUCAAUAUCAAAAAUAGCACAUUGCUAAACACGGCCUAGGCCAAGUUUCCUCUGGCCCUGGUGUUAGCGUCAGGGCCACAGGAAACUUGGACUAAACAGGGCCUGGCAUUAUAUGGAAUUCAUUGACUAACAUAUACCAUCAAGUUAAGUAUGUUGUAUCUGGUCAUCAUCAGGUUAUUCUAGGGUCACAGGGAUCUGGUUCAAAUUUCAAUCCACAUCCCAUAUACAUGGUAUCUGUAUUUUAUAUGUAUGAACUGUGGGUUGAUAAAUUGUUCCAAGUCCCUGUGUUAAGUGUUACAGUACCCUUAUACCACAAAACACUUGAUAUUUCUAAACCACUUAGGAGCCAUGAAAUAAUUGUCUCCAUCAACUGCUUGUCAAAAUUCUAAAUAAGGGAAAAUUAAGAAAAGAACAGUUCCUGAUCUACUUUGAGGACAAUUGUUGGUGGAAUUGGAAAAGUUAGUAAAACAGAUUAUACUGAUGUUUUUUUUUCACUCAGGGACCUGUCUCAAAUUCCCAACCAAUGACCCAUAGAAAUUAAUAUAGUGUAAUAUUAGUACAUAUUUAUAUAUUAUGGACUAUAGGUUAGCACAAAGUGGCUUGACACCUUCAUAUGACCCAAAAUGAAAAAAUAACCCCAAGGGCUGACCCACUAGAUCACAGAGGAUUUUUCAUUCUGGGUCAUAGGAACAUGUCAAGCCCCUGUGGGUUAGGACUUUGUGACAAAUCCCUGUGCUUCUAUAUUCAAAUUAUAUUUCUGUUUAUGUCAACCUGAAUAAAAUAACACUGUUUACAACU